AGAGGUCUCAGGAAUUGUUCAAGGUCGCCGCGCUCUUAUAAAAACCUGGGCUCCCGUCACAAGAUUUUCUUAAUUUGAGAGAGGUAAUACUUCAAAGUAAGGUAUCACUAUCACAUGAUGGUUCUGGAAAAAAUGAAUCUUGUAAAUAUCCUACAAUUAUUCUAGAAGGAAGCAAACUAAUAUCAGAUGCACUUGCAACAGGGGCGAAAGCCACAUCUUUGUUCUUUUCUUCACAGGAUGCUCUGCAAAAAGUCGGUGAUUUAAGCAACGUAUUAAGUAUCUACUAUGUUAAUCAUCGAGUUAUGGAUCAAAUCUCGUCACUUCAAUCUCCUCCCGGAGUAAUAGCCCUUUUUGAAUUACCACAACAAGACUGCUUCAAGGAAAAAAAUGCGAAGUUUCACUUACCUGUUACUCUUAUACUUGACCGAAUUAACGAUCCUGGAAAUAUGGGCAGUUUGAUCCGUUCUGGUGCAUGUUUUGGUUUGGAUUCUAUUUUGGUGACUAAAGGUAGUGUUGAUAUUUGGAAUACAAAAGUGAUACGGGCAGGAAUGUCUGGUCAUUUCCGCAUACCUGUCUAUCAAGGACUAAGCUGGACCGAUAUUAGUCGAUACUUUGGAAUACGUGAUGGUUCGUCCUCUCAUAUUAAAGUCUUUGUAGCCGACCCUGAACCACUCUUGACUGAUAAAUUAAUCGAAUCAGCAUGGAAAAAAGACCAAACUAACCAUCGGUCACAAUAUAUUAAUGAGUGCAAAAUAUCAGUCGAGUGUGAAGCUAUUGAUUUUCUUACUCCUGAGUCAACAGAUUCCGCAUAUCGCUUACCUGUACAAACUAUCCCACAUUUUGCAGUAAACUAUAUUCCUUCCGAAUAUAACUCUGCGGAACAUGAUUGUCGUUUAGCCGUUGUUAUUGGAUCUGAAAUUCAUGGUGUUUCUCCGGAAGCUUUUCAUUUAGUUCAUCUUACCGGUGGUUCUCGACUUGUUAUCCCAUCUGCAGAUAGAAUAAACAGCUUGAAUGUUUUAUCAGCUGCUUCAGUUUUGCUAGGAGAAAUACAACGUCAAUUUUUGUGUUUUUAAUGGAAUGUAUUUUUUUACGAAUAAACAAAUUUUUAUCCAGAAAUUUUUUUCCCCUUUUUUGCCUGUAUGCAAACCUUAAGUGUUUGUUUUAUUAUCUGAUGUGAUAAACCUAUUGGGAUUCUUUUUUCGUAGUCCAUUGGGGUUAAUUAGACUGUCCAUUUACCCGCAAUACUAUGUAUAGACUUACUUUUUGUCUUGUUGUUGAAUAUAGUAUUGUGAAAGGUUUAGUAUACAGUAGAUCUGUUUCUUCUCAACCAUGUCCCCUUAACUGAAUUUAAUGGCAUUACAGUAGGUUUCAGUACCGAAAUUAGGACUAGAAAAACCAAAUAAGCGCUAAAUUAAUAGUUACAAUAAACAUUUAGGCAAUGAUUAUUAGCGGUCAGUAGAGCUCAUAUGAAUUUAUUACACCACACGCUUGAAAUGUAACACAAACUAUAAACUAAUGAAUCUAACUUAUUUGAUUUUGUUAAUAUAUGCAACUCAAUAACGAAGUAGAAGUCUAUGUACUUGGCUCUGUGCCACUGCUUUCUGUAAGUUAAUAAUCUUACCCAGUUGCUCAGAUCGAAGUAAGUGGAACUUUGUGUAAAUCAGUAACCUAGUGGUUGAAAAUCGACUACCAUUACCCAUCAAAACACUACUGCUAAACAUAGUUGAAUAUUGCUUUUCUGUUUUGUAAAGCUUCACCCGAGUAUUUCGUUAAUUUAAUUUAUGUAUACCCAAUAAAAUAUUACUAUUCGGCUAGUACCCUAUGAUACAUGUUUGUUUGAAAUAUGAAUUUCACUUAGUUUAUUUUCAGGAAGAUUUUCGUUUAUUCAGUCUACUUAUUUUCUUAUGGUUUGAAGUUUGUGAUAUUUUGUUCACCUUCAACAACGUAAAUAUUUAUAGGAAUCAAACCGUUAGGAACUCACCUUCCAUAUCAAAUACAAGAGAAAUGAAAUGGUCUCAAAAUUAUGAAGCCAUUAUACACUAUCAAUUUCGAGAUAUGAAUUUCUUUAAUUCUUUCAGUAAAUCUUCCUUAAACAUGCAUCUUAUCCUGACAAUAUGCAUUCAUUAUCGCUAUUUUUGUAGAAAAAGUACCGUUUUCACAUAAGACUAGUGAGUAUAAUUUCCCCUACAGCACACAGCUAUUGUCAAUAACCAUAUGAUACGUUUCAAAAAUCGUACAGCUUUUCCCGAUUUUUAGUCACAUUGUUGCUCUAUUGAGAACCACUGAUUUUGAAGUGCUAUAAUUUAAAAUAGUAUUUCUAAAUUAAAUAAGUAACUAAUUUGGUGUUAUAUGUUUGAAUCCCUACCCUAUCAACCGACGUUCAACCAAUAAUCUGUUAAAAUUAUUGCACCUUUUGACAUAGUCCAUCAAUUUCCAGAUGAUUACUGAAAUACAUCGUUUUUUAUUAUUAGUUGUCUUGGUGGACUCGAAUAUGAUGAUUGAUUGAACAAUAUUCAUUAAUGUAAAAAAGAUUUUGUGAUAAUCUGUUUUAUAUAUGUGGUUUAUAUAAUUUUGUAGAAAUUUGAGGAGCAAUGGAAAGUAAUGCCGAAACUGAUAAACUUUCACCAGUAAAUACAUCUACACUUACAUGUGACUGUAUGAACAAUUCAAAAACUGAUAUAUCUAACGAAAAUAAUGGCUUUGAGUGUAAAACAGAUGGUGUAUCUACUUGCUCAAAUCCAAACUGUCCAUUCUCUUAUCUUAGACGGAAUACUUUCACUUCAGAGGCAUUCAAAAUACAACUGAAGAACAUUUCUCGUCAUGCAGGUUUCUCUGUAAUGAAGAAGAUGUUGCAGUCAUUAAAUGUAAAAUUUUGCAAGAUAAAGUUUCCAAAAUGCGGUUUAGCAUUUCUUUCAUUUGAAUCUGCCGCUGAUCGUGAUUUUGCUAUCUCUGUUUUGGAUGGACACAUUUGGAAAGGUUCGAAAAUAGAAGCUAAGAUUGCUCGUCCUCAUGCUGAUCCAUUAAUGAAAAGGCGAGCGGAAAGUGAAAUAAAAUCUGAACUCUUAUCAAAAGAACAACAUAUAGAUUGGUUAAGUGAACCAGUUGACUUGGAGAAAGCUCACGAAACACUUCGUGACUCCAUUCUUCCAUUAUGGCGUUUGAAUUACGAUCCAGAUCAAUUGAUUGAGAAACGAAAUCUAGUUUUAAAAUAUUUAGCUGAAACAAGAAGGAGAUUGUUGUUGAUUAAUCCAGAAAUCGGAAAUGUUGACAGUGUGAAAUUUGUAGAAGAAUCCGAUUCAAAAGGUCAAACAACUAUAUGUAAGCUUGCUCCCAUAAUUCCAUCUCCUAUUCAAACUGAAUAUCGAAAUAAAUCUGAACUAACUAUUGGCUACGAUGUGGAUGGAUCAGGCCCAGUUAUUGGUUUUCGCUACUCCAAGUACAAAGGAGGUUCAGUUGCCGUUGGUUCGUUUAAAAGUUGGAACUUUAUGCCGAGAAACUCUACUAAAGUCAUAGAUGCUUUACAAAAGUUCAUAACUGCCUGUUCUAAAAGAGAAUUUAAAAAAUUACCUUCGCUUAAUGCUUUUGAUCCUAUCACAUAUAAUGGAAACUGGCGCCAUGUACUCAUUCGUGAAUCAAGGUCUGGAGAUACAUUAGUUGUUUUAUACACUAAUACACAUGGCUUUACUGAGGAGGAUAUAAAUAAUUUGUUGAACGAGUUACGAACAUGGUUCCAAACCGGUCCAGGCUCGGAUUCCGGUUUAACUAGCCUAUAUCUAUCUGUCUCUUCAAGGUCAGGUAUAAAACAAUCUGGUGAAGAUCUUCGUCAAGUUUUUGGUAAACCUGUAAGUCAGAUUUUUAUUUCAUAUUAUUCAUUACACCAUCACUAGUUUGAGGUUACCGGUCACAUAAAUACACUGUGUAAUCAUAGAUUAGUGACCAAUUUCGUAUUUUUUUAGUCCUUACUGCUGAUCGAAUUUAGUCGACUAGAUCAUAGUAAGAAAUACUAGACCCAUACUGAUGAGCCUCAACUAGCACGAAACUCCGUUUCAAAGUUCUUCUGUUUGAAUUCUUCAGUGAUUUUAUGAUUUUUUUUAAAAAGUAAGUUAGAUUUCAUCUCUUGGCAUUGUUUGAUAAUUCAUAGAGUGACUAUAAUUUUAGUCAUAUUUUAAUAAACUCUCCACAAUAUUCAUCUUGAUAGUGGAAUAUCUGUCAUAAAAAGUCAAACUUUUUUAAUCCGCUAAAUUUUCUAUAUUCUUGACUAGCGCAGUAGUGUUUAGAUUAAAAAUCAUUUGAUACAUUUUGUAAGUUUAUAAAUCUCAUGGAACUGUACAAACGGAUCUGGCCGUCCAUGAUUCCCUAAAAUGUAAAAUUAUUUUCUACUCUAUUUGCAUCAGUUCACUCGCAGUUUGCACUUAUUGAGAUGAAUAGUCAUUCGGAAUUAAAUUGGCCACUAGGUCACCAAAUGUAAACUCUAUUCAUCCAUCGAAAACAUAAGUUUCUGUAUUGAAAUCUUACUAAGUGUUUUCAUCUUUCAGUAUAUUAUUGAACAAUGUUGUGGAUUAAACUUUCAUAUAUCCAUUUCUGCAUUCUUCCAAGGUAUGUUGUUAUUUACAUACAUAUGUUAUGGGAAAUUAUUUUUUAAUAUACUUAUAUCACAAUAUAUUGAGAUAAUGAUACAAGAACUCAUUUAAUACAUAAUAAGCUUGGUUGUUAUAUAAUCUUGACAUUAUAACUGUGCAGUAAACAAAAUCUUGAUACCUGAUGUGUAUUACUAGAUGCAUUGACGAAGAACUUGCAUUCCUCAGGAAAAUCUUGAUGCUUUUCUAAACAUAUUGAUUAAAAACCUAACAAUGUUCAACCCAUAAUAUUUGUCUACAUAAUUUCAAACGACUCAUUGAAUGGUUUACAUCGGCUUAGUGGUUAAAGUACUCAACUGUUAACAAUAUUUAAGGUCACAAGUUUGGAUCUGACGUCAUUUGGUUUGAGUAGUAUCGCUACAAAUUACCAGAAAAUAUAUGGUUCAAUGUUGACUACAUAAAAACAUACUCGGUAACAGGAUUAGCUAGCUAACAAUAAACCUGUGCUUGACAAAUAACAAACCUAUUAUUAUGAAUGCCCUGGUAUGGCCGAGAGUGGGGAGAGUCCUCUCUCACUCUCGAAAUGCUCUCACAUGGCCACGCGUAUUUAGCCUCUGCCAGAAAAGUCUUACUCACUGCCUUCUCGUGGCGGGUGUGUUGUUUACGAAAUUGAGAGGACGAAAAGCGAAUGUCCGGCGCUUUAACUGGGUUGGUGGACAUGGAGAGUCCACCUAGGGAAGUUGGAAAACCCUGAUUCCAAACCAAUAGUGCACAUGGGCUCCAGUACCCUGAAGGAGCAGAUGGCGUAUGAACCAAUCUUUGGUCACCGGCUACCAUGGGACUGCAUCUCCUUACGACGCUCCACUGCCUUGUGGAUCAGACUAUUAAUUCGAAGGCUCCGGGUGUGGCAUCCUAAGGAAACCACCUGCUUCGGUUUGGGCACCCGGUCAGUAUCCCAACCCUCACACAAAUCGAAUGAUUUAUGUGGCACAUAUCUGUUUCUUACCUCCUUGUACCAAUAUUUAUGUGUUCAAAUAAACAAAUACAUCUGAAUUUAUAUUUUUGUGUACUUUCGAAAACUUUCGAGUAGCAAUUGAUUAAACACCACAAUUUUUCAACACUGCUAGCUCAUUAUACAGAAUAUCUCUUUUUUGUUAAUGGACACAUUAUUCCGUAUCGCAUAGAUUUUAUUUAAACCGAAUCAUGUAUUAAUCAAUUGUUAGAUGAUAGAUCUGUGUUUGAUUUGUUUUCUUUUCUUUAAAAAUAAUGAUAAAUCUUAUGUGUAAUAUAUCAAAGAGUCCUUAAAUUAGUAGUCGUUUCACAACAAUGCCAAUCAAGAGGUAUAAAAUAGAUUAUUGGUCAAUCACUAUUUCUUUGUAUGUAGUGUUCACAUAUCAAUAAGUCUUACGUCGAUAAUAAUUAAUCUAUCAAUUUACUUAUCUUUAUGAGUAAUGUUAUUAUACCCGAACGAAGAAUACGUGAAUGAUAACUGCUAAGAAUUAUUCAUGGACUAUUAUUGCAUAGAUUACUUUUGGAUAACUGUCAAGUAGCUAUAUUGUCUGCAUAUCCAUAUUCCUUUUAUUAUAAGCUUCCAUUUGACCUAUUGAUUACUAUUAUACGAUUUACCAUUCAUAACUUAUUCCCGAUUUAUUAGCCACAGUUUCCUGUACUCACAACUGCUCCUGGCUUAAUCUUGUAUAAUAAUAAUUUUUAUUCUAUGGUGUGAUGUGGUCUGGUCUGCUUGUAUGUAAACCAAGUAUGUCUGAAAUAUAUAAUUCAUACAGUGGAAGUCGAGGUUCCAUUCUGAACUCAACAGGUAGGGCUGGGUUGGAAAGACCAAUAAGAAUUCAGAGUCGACUCAAGGUUGCUAGUGCUGUUUGACCUGUCGUUGGAUUAGCACAAGAACAAGGUCAUAUAAGUCGGUAUUCGGAUUGGCGAUUUUGUCAUGUGAUAAUUGACAGGGGCAAAAGUCAUAAUGAUUGGCGACGAGAAUCUUCCGAAAAAAGUUAUUACAAAUAUAUGUAUAUUUUUUGUAUUUUAUGCUUGCAUAGUUGCUUAAAGAAUUACUUUUUCUUCUUCCGUUCUCCGUACAUUUCAGUAAAUACACUUGCUGCUGAAUUGUUAUUUGAAAGAAUAUCAUGUCUAUGUAAUUUACCUUCAAAAAAUCAGAUUACAUGUACUAAUGAAAAUCUUAAUGAGAAGAAACGAAUACUGCUUGAUGUAUGUUGUGGUACUGGAACAAUAGCUUUAUGUCUUUCAAAGCAUUUCGAUCGUGUAAUUGGUAUUGAUAUGUGUAACAGUGCAAUUGAAGAUGCUAAAUCAAACGCAGAAUUGAAUGAUAUCCAGAAUGUUGAAUUUUUUGCCGGUAAAGCGGAGAAUAUCUUACGAAAUACUAUAGACAGUUUAUCAGAAUGCUAUGAUUUGUCAGUUGUAGUUGAUCCUCCAAGAGCUGGUCUACAUCAUUCUGUUAUUCAACUGUUGAGAAAUUGUAAAAAAAUUCAAAGAAUUAUCUAUAUUUCCUGUAAUAUUGAAUAUGCUGUAGAAAAUUUUUUAAAUUUUGCUAGACCUUGUUCCAAGAAAUUCACAGGAAUACCAUUUGUUCCAACUAUGGCUGAGGCUGUCGAUCUUUUCCCACAAACUCUGCAUACUGAAGUUAUUUUACUGCUUGAACGUAUUCCAUCAAUUCCAUAAACAAUUUUGUAUAUAGUUUAUUUCAAAUAAAUUAUUUUGUUACAAACUAUUCUGCUUUUUCUUUACAAUAAACAUUUACGGUCACUUGAUUGUUCAAGAGCCCGUACGUGGCGGGCGUGUAAUGAUUCGGCUCCUAAAUAAAUUCGUGCUGUUACCGUGUGACAAUCUUACUUAGACGAAACACUUAGAUUGAGAGAUCGAAUCUUGGUAAAAGUACAGGUUAAACGAAGAAAUAUUUAUUUACAAAUUAUUUCUCGUCAUGAAUCCUCACUACCAUACAAGUUUUUACAAUUAAAAAUGAAAUCAGUCCCAAGUGAACCGUGAUGAAUCAAUUUAACAAUAUAUUCUAUUAA